AUGCCGCAUUCCACCCCUCGUCGUGGUCGCGGUCCUGGAAAUCGGCAGCUUCUUGUUAAACGUGAACCAGAUGCCAUUUCUCGCCCCGAUACAGCCACCGAUAUUAGUACCGAAGCUGGCGAACCGUUGAAUGCGCCAGAGUACUAUAACUCCUUUAUCGAUCCUCGUGGCAACAGAUCUAAUGCUCCGGCGCCUAGUGAACGCACGGUAGAGUCAGAUCCUACAGACCCCGUGUUUCAAGAAGUGAGAGCUGCCGCUCCGGCUGCAAGCACCGUGGCUGCGGCCAGCCCUCGAAACUUGGAGGAGAGCUUCUUUCAGACCUCGUUCCAAGACAUUGGCAAGAAGCUCAAGGAUUGCAACGAUACUCUGGGAGAGCUGCAGCAACUCGGCGUGUCCCACGAUGUUCAGCUGCCAGAGCUAGUACUCGUUGGAGAUCAGUCUGCCGGCAAAUCCAGCUUGAUGUCUGGCCUUGCCAACUUGGAUUUGCCGCGGAGUGAGGGAACUUGCACACGAUGCCCUCUACACAUUCGCGUCUCUCGCAACGCUGACUGGUCUUGUCGUGUUUGGCUGCGGAAAGAGUAUUCCUAUGAGCCUCCGGAUGGCGCCAUACAUGAGACAGACGUCACCGUUAACGACCCCUUCUUCCCUUGGCGAAAGCGACCUAGCACCCUCGUACUGGAAUUCAAGACGAUGCACGACAAGAAUGAGAUUGAAGAAGUUCUGCGCUGGGCCCAAAUUGCUAUUCUAAACGACGACAAGAAUCACAACUUGUUCGUCCCUGGCCGGGGCGCCACUGCCAUGCACACGCCGAUUGAAAAGGCGGCAGAAGAGACUCUCGCCAAGUUCUCCCCCAAUGUCGUUGCAUUGGAGAUCAAAGGCCCAGACCUGCCGGAUUUGUCAUUCUACGAUAUGCCUGGUAUUUUUCAGAAUCCUGCUGACGCCAAUGACGAGUAUCUGGUCAACGUGGUCCGAAAUCUUUCUAGCGCCUACAUUCAGCAUCCCUCUGCCAUCAUAAUCUGCGCCAUGCCAAUGAACAGUGACGCCGAAAACUCGGCAACUUUUGGCCUCACUCGAAAAUUAAAAGCCAAAGAUAGGACUAUCGGUGUGCUUACAAAGGCAGAUCUGCUUCCCGACGGUGGAAAUCACUCCCAGUGGCUCGAUAUAAUGAAGGGGCGUGCUCAUGCCACAGGGCUAGGAUACUUCAUCACCUCCCGCCCCCAAGGCAAAGAUUUGGAGGAAUUGAAGAAAUGGGAGGAGCGCAUGUUUGAGGACCAGUCUGUGGAUAAAUGGCCCGCCCCCUUUCACCAAUUCGUCCACCGCUGCGGUGUUGAACGACUUAAAGCAUUCCUUUCGGAGCGAUUAGGUGAGGAAUUUGCAAAAAGCUUGCCAACCAUCAAAUCCAAGGUCAAGUACCUUCUCGACAAAACUAACCGACAGCUGGCCAAUCUCCCUGAGCUCCCCAGCAACGUGGAAUUGGAAAUCCAGACUUGCCUCAACAGCUUUGCCGACAGCGCUCGGGUCAGGAUUGAUGACUUUGCCGCGCGCAUCAAUAGCUUACCUAUCAGUUUUCGAGACUGUCUUUUGGAAAUCAAGCCCAAAUUCGUUCUCAAAGACCAAAGCGACAUUGAUCCUGUAAUACUGUCAGACGAUGAUGAGCCGGAUGCGGCAACGGUUAAUAAUGCCGCGGCGAGCUUCAACACGCCUUCGAAACGGCGACACACAGCGCAACAAGCAACGCCAUCGAAGCGAACAAGAACCGAUCGUAUGGCCAACGGAACACCAGACAUGGUCAAGCCUGAGGAUACCGGCAGUGUUAAUGUUGGCACUCCGCAACCUGGACUUCCCAUACGUCAAAUGGGCCUCGUACAUCCCUUUACACAAUUUAGCGAAAUUGGUCGAGGGUUUCGUACACUAAGGGAGGUCAAGGAGGAAAUACAGGCCAAGAUGAAGGCUGGCAUGCCAAGCAUCAUCCCGCCAGAUGUCUACAAUGACUUGGCUAUGGAGGCCAUUAAGCCGUGGAACAAACCAACCAGUGUCUACUUGUCAGAGGUGAUUCGCCUGCUUCAUGUUGAGCUCGAGUCGGCAUUGAAUAAGUCGCUGGAGAAUCUCAAGAAACGAUUCAUCUACCCAGAGGCCCGGCGACAUCUCAAGAGCUGUUUAGAUUUUCAUUGGCAAAUAACUCAAAGAGCACUCCAGGAGCUUUAUACUGAUGAGACAGAGCGGGUUAUGACAUACAACACAGAAGCAUUUGACCAGUGUCUGAAGAGUGAGAGAGCCGUGCUAACUCGAUUUCGACAUCACAUGAGAAUGAUAGGAGCAGGCUACGCCCAAAAGGGUCUCGUUCCGUGGGAAGGGCUUACGGAAGAAAAGCAGGCCCAAGACAUGAAGCGGCGAGAAUUGGAGCAAACCAAGCUGAAGCCGGACGAAUUUGAGCGGGAGGUCGAGGUUGUUGCGUACGUUAGAGGGUACUACAAGCUCGCCGCCCUACGAUACUCCGAUGCCGUUACGCAGCGCAUCGUUUGCCGCAUGAUCCCUGCCAUUCGCCGGCAGCUGCGCAAUUACCUAGACGAGCAGCUUGGUGUGCGCGGGCCAAACUCUGUGAACAUCUACGCGAAGCUCAUGGAUGAAGAUGCAGCGACAGCAGCCAAGCGCGAGAUGCUCAAGAUGGAACAGGGCAAGUUUAUCCAGGCUCUUCAGAGCAUCGAAAGUCUUGAGUCGGAGAUGACUUCGGAUGUGGCGAGCGUUAUUGAGAGUACUGGUCUGCGGUCGGAUCCAGCCCAGGGACGACGAGAGUCUGAUGCGACGAUGGAGGUUGACAUUCGUUUUGCGACGGGAGAGAUGUGA